AUGCCUCAGAAUCCUGCGCAGAUGCUGAGCUGGCAGCAAAUAGACUUCCUCACCCCCGACGGCCCUCUGGGUUCCACGGCCCCAUCCGUGAACACCCACGUCACAUCCUGCUUUGAUGUGGAUACAGACUCCCGUGUUCUCUGCUGGGUCUCUGUCCUCACACUCGGGAGCUCCGAUCUCAGGCCCGAGGCCGACUUUCCACAGGAACUGGAUGCAAGGCGCUACAGCUCCUUUAUCAGGAGGAGAGGCUCUUGCUCCAAGCCUGCCAUACAGCGCUUUGACAACCUGGAGAGCAUCGGAGUAUUUGGAAAGCCCUCCAACCCAGGACCCUGCUUCUUUGCCCUGAUGUGGCUUGAAGAACUUACCACCUUCGAGAACUGCUGCAUGAAACAACUCACCUCUCAGCAGCAGCCCCUGUCACACCUGCUCCUCCAGCAGGACCAGGGGAACCAGGUGAGACGCUGCCCAAAGGCUCGCCUCCUGGGCCUCGCCAGAUCCUGGCAGCCUAUGCUGCCCCUGGCCCCUUGGAAGCAAAACCGUCUCCGGAUCCCGGAAGCUGAGCUUUCAUUUCAUGGCAAUGUCCAUGCAGCCUUAUUCAUCAUCAUCCUCCUGCCCCCUCCUCCAGCUCCAGGAAGUCCUCUGGCCCCUUCAGGGAAAUGCACCUCGUUCUGGCCGCGGAGGGGACAGGCUCCUUCUGCUCGUCACACCACAGCUCCGGCCAUGGGGCUUCCCUGCUGGAGGAGGGUCCCCUGGGUGUCCCUGAGUUGCCUGUGUCUCUGCCUCCUUCCGCACGUGGUCCUGGGAACCACAGAGGAAACAUCAACACCUGGAAGGGAAAACACGGCCCUCAUCCCCUCAGCAGGCUCAGUAACAGCUACGCUAGCGGGACAAUCAACAGCAACUUCUUUGAGAACCUCUAAUCAGGAAAUAUCAGCUUCAUCUCAGAACCACCAGACUCAUGGCAUGGAGACCAGCAGAGAAGCUCAAACCACCACCCUCACACAGAUGUCCACAUCACCUCUUUCAUCUCCCCCAAGUGUACACAAUGUGACAGAGACAUCCCCUCCGGAGGAAGUGACCACCUCAUUCCCCUCUAGUGUCAGCAACACACUCAUAGUGAAAUCAAAGACUGUCACAGUGACAACCCUUACAGAGUCCACUUGUAAUAUCACUGAGGAGACAUCGGCCCCUGGAACUAGAAGUCCUACCCCAGUCCCUUCAGCAGCCUCCAUAACGGCUGAGCCAGAAGGACAAUCAGCAGCGGCUUCCUCGAGGACCUCUAUCUGGGACACGUCAGCUUCUUCUCAGAACUACCAGACUCAGAGCACAGAGACCACCAGGGAAUCUCAAACUAGCAUCCUCACACAGAUGAUCACAUCAGCUCCUUCCUUCUCCCCAAGUGCACACAAUGUGACAGGGACUGUUUCUCAGGACACAUCUCCUCCAGGUGAAACAGCUACCUCAUCCCUCUCUAGUGUCACCAACAUACCCAUGAUGAUAUCAAAGACUAUAACAAUGACAACCUUCACAAACUCCACUCUUGGAAACACAGCAGAGACAUCAUCCGCACCCGUUACAGGAAGUCUCAUGCCAGUCACCUCAGUAGCCUCAAUGACAGCUGAACCAGAAGGAGAAUCACCUGCAACUUUCUCAGGGACUUCUACUCAGCACACGGCAGCUUUUCCUCAGAACCAGCAGACUCACGGCAUGGGGACCACCGGAGUAUCUCAAAUCAACACCCUCACGCUGGUUGCAUCGACUGUUUUAUCCUCGCCAAGUGGACUCAAUCUGAGUGGAACAGUUUCUCAGGAGACCCUCCCUUCUGGCGGAACAACCACCUCGUCCCCUUCCAGUGACAGCAGCACAUUCCCGGCAGCGUCGGAGGUGUCCGGAACGCCAGCCUCCACAGAGUCCGCUCUUGGAAACACAGAGGAGACAUCACUAUCCGUAAGUGGAUCCAUCUCUGCCAUCACUUCUAAAGUUUCGACCGUAUGGUGGUCAGACGCACUGUCAACGGCACUGUCCCCCACGUCUUUACCUCCAGAACUAUCCACAGCUCUCCACACCCACCUGAGUGAAGGUGCAGAGACCACAGGACGGCCUCACGAGAGCAGCUCAGUCUCUCCAAGCGCGUCUCAGGAGACGUUUACUCCACGUGAAGCAACAUGGACUUCUUCACUCUCCAGUGAAGGCAGCACGACUUGGUUACCAAAAGAGCUGCCCUCAACACCACCAAGUGCUGCCACUGUGCUUGUCACAGGAAGUCCAGCUACGUGGACAGCUGGCACUAUUCCAAGAGUCCCUUCUGAGGUCUCAACAACAGGGGAACCAGGACAGCCCGCCACACGCCCCUCCCAUAGCACAACUCUCCCAGAAACGACAGGGGCAGGUGCCCAGACACAAUGGACACAAGAAACAGGGACCACUGGAGAGGUUCGUGUCCACAGCCCAAGAUACGGUGUGACCCAGAUGACAGAGGCAGCCACAUCCCCAUCUUCCUCACCUAUGCUGGAUGGACACACACAACAAAUUACGAUGGCACCAUCGACGUAUCGUUCAACAAUACACCCCGUAAGCACCUCUCCUCAGAGAUCAUCGGCUGUUUCCCAGAGUGGUCACACUCCAGCCUCGAAGACCACACGGGAAUCCCAAACCACGAGGUCCAUCUCCCCCGUGACUGACGGCUUCCAGACAGCCACCACCCCAGCUUCUUCCUUCACAGCCAGCCAACACCCGCCCUCAGAAAUGGCUCCUCAGGACGCAUCCACCAUAAGUGCAGCAACAACCUUCACCCCAGCGCCCACCAGGGACGGUCACACAACCCAGGCCCGAACCACAGCACUGCAGGCGGCACCCAGCAGCCCCGACGCCACCCUGGGGCCCUCAGGAAGGACAUCGCCUUCCAUCACAGGGGCCAUUCCUCCGGCCACCUCUGUGGUGUCAACACCAGUGGGCGCAGAGGGACGGUGGACAGCAGCCUCUGCCAGCGCAUCACCCAACACAGCGCCAGCUAUGACCCAAACCCACCAGGCUCGGGGCACAGAGGCCUCUGGAGGAACACAGACCAGCCAACCAGCCUCCUCAGGGUCAGGCACCAUCGCGGCUGGCUCGGCCACCCCUUCCUCAUCCAGGACGAGUGGCACAACACCUUCAGGAAGCCACGGAAUGUCCACCUCAGGCGAGACCACGUGGUUCUCACCAAGACCGUCCAGGGACACUCACACCCCCCAGUCAACAAGUGGAUUGCCGUCCCCCUCAGCCAGUCAUGGUGUCACCCCAGAAAGCACGGGAACGGGGUCCCCCUCAGCCAGUCCUGACGCCACCCCGGCAAGCACGGGAACGGGGUCCCCCUCGGCCAGUCCUGACGUCACCCCGGCAAGCACGGGAACGGGGUCCCCCUCGGCCAGUCCUGACUGCCGCCCCGGCAAGCACGGGAACGGGGUCCCCCUCGGCCAGUCCUGA